AUGGCUUUUGCUUCCGAGUGCUGCAAAUAUACCUUCCCUCAAUCCAAUGGCCUGCCCUUCAACAGCAAUGUCAUGCCGUCUGCCAUCGACGCAGCCCCACAGCAUAUCGACAGUGGCGUCAAAUGUGUCGCUUCUACCGGUGCAGUAUUCCAUUGCCCAGUUCCAACAACCCGGAAGGAUGGCGUGCCCAUUUCCAACCUGUUCCGCCAUGCGAAGUUCACCGCGGACGGAACGUCGCUGAUAACCCACAACGAGGAUAACCGUCUUCGAACAUACGUCCUUCCAACGGAUUUGCUCGAUGAGCAGGAACAGCCGCAUGCAUUGACAGAGCACUCCAGCUUUCGAUCCGCGAGCAAUAUUCAAUCAUACGCACUAUACCCGGGCUUCGAUCUCCAGGACACCUCCACCACACUGGCAUUGUGUGGGAGUGCGUUCGUUCCCAUUUCAUUGAAGAACGUUCUUCAAUAUGACAUAAUUCACGCUACUUACCCUUUAAUCAAUGAGAAAACAGAAGCACAUCUUCCGCCCCGAAGUCUACUCUUCACUCGAAACGGGUCUCAUUUCAUAGCCGGCAGCGAGAAUGCACUCGCCGCGUUCGAUUGCUCAAGGGAUGGCUCUGGACCAUUGUUUCUGCAUCAACUCAAGCCCGGUCGCAAGGCACCGCAGAACUCGCUCCAGGCGCAACGCAGGGGGGCCGUAUCUGCUCUCGCUAUCUCUGCUGAUGGUGUGCUCGCGUUGGGCACCACAUUGCGGGAAGUUGCUCUGUACGAACAAGAGGGUCUUGGACAGUGUGCAUCUGUUUUCUCGCUAGAGUCUGGAGUGGGUACAGGCGUUACUAGUGUGGAUUGGAGUCCUUGUGGCAAGUAUCUCUUGGUCGCAGAACGCCAGAGUGAUGUGUUCCAGGUCUACGAUAUCCGAGAUACGCAUCAGAAGGUCACGACUUUGAUCGGUAGAAACGCGAACACGACGCAGACUUUGAACAUUGAUGUCAUUCCCACAGCCACUGGAUACGAGCUUUGGGGCGGCGGACUCGAUGGCAAGGUCAGGAUGUGGCGGAAUCCUGGGAGUAUAGAGAAUGAUGUUGGGCCAGAUGCUGCGUUUAAGAUUGCGGAUGCACCGGUUUCAAGCACCGCAUGGCAUCCGUCUGGGGCUGUGUUGGCUACUUCCUCCGGGAGAAGACUCGCGCAUUCCCUGGCCUCCGAUGGAAGCGACAGCGAGGACGAGGACGACGCAAAUAUUUCGGCCCUCCCUAGCUCACUGCCCGACAACACGCUUCGGGUCUGGACGCUGCGCGACUAA